AUGACGCUAAUAGUAAGGAUAACGAUAAUAGUGACAGUAACGAUGAUGGUAACAGUAACAGUAAUGGAAACAGUAAUGGUGACGAUGAUGGUAACGGUUACGAUAACGGUUACAGUAAUGGUUACGGUAACAAUUACGGUGGCGGUAACGACAAUGGUGACUGUGACGAUAAAGGUAACGGUAACGAUGACAGUGAGUAACAGUGAUGGUGAUAGUAACGGUUAUGGUGAUAGUAACGGUUAUGGUAACAGUUACAGUGAUGGUGAUGGUAACGAUCAAGGUAACAAUAAAAGUAUCGAAGAUGGUACCAGUAAUGGUAACAGUGACAAUACCUGUAUCGAAGACGGUAGUAGUAAUGGUAAUGAUAACGAUAAUGAUAACGGUGUUGGUAAUGAUAACAGUGAUGGUAACGGUACCGGUAACGGUGAUGGUAAUGGUACCAGUAACGGUGACAUUGAUAGUAAUAGUGACGGUAACGGUGAUAGUAAUGGUAAUGGUGAUAGUAAUGGUAACGGUGAAAGUAACAGUAAUAGUGAUGGUAACGGUGACAGUAAUGGUAACGGUGAUGGUAACGGUAAUGGUGAUUGUGAUGCUAACGGUAACGGUGACGAUCACAAUGAUGGUAACGGUCACAGUGAGGUGACGGUGAAGGUAAUGGUAACUGUUACAGUAACGGUGAAGAUAAUGGUAACUGUCACGGUAACGAUCACUUUAACGGUUAUGGUUACAGUAACAAUAAUCAUAAUGGUAAUUGACGGUGAUAGUAAUGGUUAUGGUAAUAGUUACGGUGAUGGUGAUGGUAACAAUCACGGUAAUGGUGACGAUAACAGUAUCGAAUGCGGUAACAGUAAUGAUAACGAUAAUGGUGUUGAUAAUGAUAAUGGUGAUGGUAACGGUAACGAUGACGGUAAUGGUGGCAAUGACGGUGAUGGUAACAGUGACGUUGACAGUAAUAGUGAUGGUAACGGUAACGCUCACGGUGAUGGUAAUGGUGAUAGUAACGGUAAUGGUGAUGGUAACGAUAAUGGUGACUGUGAUGGUGAUGGUAACAGUGACGGUAAUGUUAAUGGUAACGGUAAAGAUAAGGGUGAUGGUAAUGAUAAUGAGGACAGUCAAGAUAACGAUAAUGGUGACGAUAACAUUCACGAUUAUGGUAAUAGUAACGGUGAUGGUAAUGGUAACUGUGACGAUGACGGUAACGAUAACGAUGAUGAUAACGGUAACGGUGACGGUUACUACGAUGGUAACAGUGACGAUAAUAGUGACGGUAACGAUAACAAUAACGGUGACAGUGAUGAUAACACUGAUAGUGACGGUGACGGUAACGACGACGGUGAUGGUAAUGAUAAUGGUGAUGGUAAUGGUCACUGUAUCGGUAACAAUCAUAAUAAUGAUGAGAGUAACGGUAACGGUGACAGUGACGGUGUCAAUAAUGGUUAUUGUAACAAUCACGGUGACGGUGACGGUAACGGUCAUGGUAACGAUGAUAACAUUAUCAAAGACGGUAACAAUAAUGGUAACGGUAACGGUAACGAUAAUGAUAACGGUGACGGUAACGAUAACACUGAUGGUAACGGUAACGGUAACGGUGAUAGUAACAGUAACAGGGAAGGUGAGGGUAACAGUAAUGGUGAUGAUAACGUGUGA